CAAGCUUCCAUCAUAAUGUCGAGCAGUCACUCCGGCACAAUUGGCCGUAAACGCGUCGGCAGCGGCAGUGCUGCCGGCAGCGAGUACUAUUAUGCUUCCGGCGGACUUGCAGGACUCACGGGAUCCGCGAGCGGCGGCGGUGAGCAAUUGAGGCGCCAGCGGUCCGCCGAGUGGCACAGUCACGGCCGACACGGUCACGGUCACGGCCUGGGAAUGGGUCACGGCAUGGGUCACGGCUACGGGAGCAGCAGCGAGGACGAGUACCAGAACACCGGACAGACGACGGCCUUCGACACCCAGCUGCUCGCCCAGCUGCUGCUGCAGAGUCAGCAAUUGGCAAGCAUGGAGCACUACAAUUCGGACUGUGAACCGGAGUAUUUGAGACAGCGCGAUCGCCAUCCGGAGGACACGCCCUUGGGCGAUGCCCCGCCCACUGUGGCGACCGCCCCCGAGGUGACCUACGCGCAGCCGCACCAGCAGCGCUCCUCGAUGGGGUCACCCUUGAAGGUCUCCACCGUUUCGGCGGGCAAGUACCAAUCGAACGCCAAUCUGGGACUGUUUCCCAACAGCAGCAGCAGCGGAGGAAGCAGCGUCCAGAACGGCGGAACUGCAAACACGCCGCGCAGCACAAAUCCCUUCCUGAGCUCCAAGUUUUCCGGGGAGGAGAAUGGCCUGGAAAAUAUCCUCAAAACAUCUGCUUCGUCCUCAACGGCCGCUUCGAGCAAUCGCAGUCAUCGCAAUCGGAAUACUCUAAAUCGAUUGAGUGGAAUGACCAGUUCGAGCAGCGAUUCCCAGACCCACCAGCAACUCCAAAUUGCCCAACAGCAGCAGCAACAGCAACAACAGCAACAGAUUGCCGCGGUGAAGCAACAAUUGCUGCAACCGGAGGACAGUGGCGAUGACGAUCAGUUCGUCCUGGGAUCCUUGGAUGUGGGCAACUGCAGCAGUGGUGGGGAGUCCGAGGAGCCGCCGCCGGAACCCGCGCCUCCAGAAAUCCCACCGCGCACCCAGUCGCUCCUCAUGUCCCUUCGAAAGCACUCCGACUACAAGCUGAAGUACGAGGAGAAGGGCGACCAGAAGCACGAGGAGUUCAUCCCCACCAGCCAGCUGCAGAAGGAUUAUAUUAUCAGCGAUAACCUCCGAUCAGAUCAGCAGCUUAAACCGCUUUCACCAGGCGACUCAAAUGGACUGGGCGGCCAUCCACAGCAGAUGCCGCAGAGUAUGUCAACUGGCAGCAACACAAUCGGCCACGGAGGCAUCGAUCGCGGCGGCGUUGGCCUGCCGAUGGGCGCCGGCACGAUGCCCGGCGGCGUGGGCGGUGGCCAGGUAGGCGUGGCCGGCGGACAGCAGGUGGGCGUCGGACCGCCCGGGAGCGGCAACGGUGGCAAUUGCCAGAUAAGCGGCUCACAGCCGCUGGUCAUGCCUGGAUUCCCGUUGCGUAAUUCCCACUCAGCGCAUGCACCGCAUUAUUCGCCAUAUUCGCCAUCCAGGUUUCACAUAGAUAAACGCUGUCAGCACCGAUGUUCCUGGAAAUGCUUGAGCAUCGCCUUAAUAUUCGUAACCGUCGUCCUAACCGCCAUGUUGGCAUACUUUGCAGCAGUCAGCUCGAUGAAGCCGAACAUGGACAGCACCAACUGCAUCCUAGUCCAGGACGUGAAGUCGCAGCCGCACGACCUGCGCGGCGGCCUGGCCAAGGCGAACGAGAAGGGCGUGGCCACGGCCUUCCCCACGGAGGAGUCCAUCCAGACGAGCACCUCGGACCACGGCCAGAACGGCGUUCACGGGCUGAUGAACGGGGCGGCGGGCGGAAUGGCCGGCGGCAGCAACGCGGGCAUCCAGCAGCAGCUCCUGCUGCAGCAGCAGCAGCCGCACUCGAUCAACCAGCCACUCACUCCGCUGGAUGCCACCAAUACGCAGCUGCAGGAUCACCACCAGCUGACCUACGGGGGUGCGAUGUCGAAUGGGGGACUGAAUGGCGGUCUGAACGGUGGACUGGGUGGCCAACUGAUGCAGCAGCCGGGUGGCAAUCUGAAUGGCCACCACCACCAGGCGCUGCAACCGCAAUUGGGCGGCGUGGUGGAGCUGAAGGAGUUCAACGAGGCCUACCACGCCACCAUUCCCGCCUACCAGUUCUGGACAUUGGAAUUCCGCAACAAGCAUCCCGCAUUCAUUCGCUUCAACUUCACGCUGCCCUGGGGCGCCCACUUUGCCGUCUAUUCGCGUCGCAAUGUGGCGCCUUCGGUGACGCAGCACGACUUCGUCGAGUUCAUCAAGGGCGGACGUCUGGACAGCCAUUUGCGGCAUCGUCGCAGCUCGAAUGCCUCGUCUUCGGCUUCGGCUUCGGGUCAGGAUGUGGAGCUGUAUCGGCAGGAGGAGAGGGAGCAGCAGAGCGGUGAAUCGGGAUCGCAGGAUCAGGACUCCGAGCAGGACGAGAGCCGCGGCUUCGACUCCAGCGAAUCGUACGAUGUGGAAACCCCCUUGGACACCGCCAAGCAGCAUCUGCAGAGGAUCGGCAAGCCGCAGAGCCACUGGCUCAACAAGCGGUCUGCUGGCGAUGGACUCCCUGCUCUCGACGUGGACGCCAUGACCGUGAAUGUUUCGCUGCUCCAAUAUCUGGACACUGGCCUGUGGUUCAUCUCGGUCUACAACGAUGAGUUGGUUGCCCACUCCGUUUCCCUUCUUGCGGAAGAAGCUGAGGGUGUCAGCACCACCUGUCCGAACGACUGUUCCGGCAGGGGAAGCUGCUACCUCGGCAAGUGCGACUGCAUCGACGGCUACCAGGGCGUGGACUGCUCCAAGAGCGUCUGUCCGGUCCUCUGCUCCGCCCAUGGACACUACGGCGGAGGGGUGUGCCACUGCGAGGAGGGAUGGAAGGGGGCGGAGUGCGACAUUCCGGUGGGCGAGUGCGAGGUGCCCAACUGCUCCAGCCACGGACGCUGCAUCGAGGGCGAGUGCCACUGCGAGCGCGGCUGGAAAGGACCCUACUGCGAUCAACACGACUGCCUGGAUCCCCUUUGUUCCGGACACGGAACCUGUGUCGCCGGACAAUGUUAUUGCAAGGCCGGUUGGCAAGGCGAGGAUUGUGGCACGAUCGACCAGCAGGUGUACCAAUGCCUGCCCGGAUGCUCCGAGCACGGAACCUACGACCUUGAGACAGGACAAUGUGUUUGCGAACGCCACUGGACGGGUCCCGAUUGCUCCCAAGCUGUCUGCAGUUUGGAUUGCGGCCGGAACGGAGUGUGUGAGUCCGGAAAAUGCCGCUGCAAUUCCGGAUGGACUGGCAAUCUGUGUGACCAACUGCCCUGCGAUUCCCGCUGCUCGGAACACGGACAAUGCAAAAAUGGCACCUGUGUUUGCUCCCAAGGAUGGAAUGGUCGUCACUGCACGCUGCCUGGCUGUGAAAAUGGAUGCUCUCGACAUGGACAAUGCACCCUGGAAAAUGGAGAGUAUCGCUGCGAUUGCAUUGAAGGUUGGGCUGGAAGUGACUGUUCCAUUGCACUCGAACUGAACUGCAAGGAUAAUAUCGACAAUGAUGGCGAUGGCAUGACCGAUUGUUCAGACAGCGAGUGCUGCUCGCAUCCCGCCUGCUCGGAGCACAUAAUGUGCCUCUCGUCGAACGAUCCUGUGGAGGUCCUGCUGCGGAAGCAACCGCCCUCGGUGACGGCCUCCUUCUACCAGAGGGUCAAGUUCCUGAUCGAGGAGAACUCGGUGCAGUCGUACGCCCACAUGGACGAGUACAGCGAGAAUCGCGUUUCCGUGAUGCGAGGACAAGUGAUCACACCCCAAGGACUGGGCAUCGUCGGCAUCCGGGUUUCCGUGGAUCGCGAUUCCCGAUUCGGAUUCACACUGACUCGUCAAGGAGGAUGGUUCGAUGUGCUGGUGAAUGGCGGCGGGGCGGUGACCUUGCAGUUCCAGCGCUCCCCCUUCCGACCUUUGACCCGUACCGUCUUCGUCCCCUGGAACAGGAUCGUUGUCCUCCCUCCCGUGCAGAUGCAGCUCAGCGACGACGACGAGACCACCAGCCGGAAUAUCAAGGUGGCUCCGCUGAACCCGGCUUUGACCUUCCUGAACUCGAUCCACUACCACACGGCCGACGAGGCCAACGAUGCGAGCAAGGUGUGCAUGGACCACGAUCACGAGAAGCUGCGACCUCAGCUGAUCAGCACCUGGAUGCCCAACGGAGUGGGAGCGAUGCCCGGCAAGAGGGUCAUCUUCGCCGAAACCCAGAUUGUCCAGGAGUCCAUCCAGAUCCCCGGAUCGGACCUCCAUUUGACCUACCAAUCCUCGCAGGCGAGUGGCUACCUGAGCAUCGUGCGCAUGCGUCUCACCGCUGAAACGAUUCCGCCCACUUUGACCCACGUUCAUGUGGGCGUGGAGAUCGAGGGCGCCCUCCAUGUGAAGACCUACGAGGCGGAUCCCAGUUUGGUGCACACCUUCGCCUGGAACAAGAGGAACGUGUAUCGCCAGAAGGUUUACGGGGUGACUGUGGCCAGAAUUUCGGUGGGCUAUCAGCACAGCACCUGCCAGUCGCCCGUUUGGAUCGCACAGACCGCCAAGCUGCAGGGCUACGAUGUGGAUAUAUCCGACAUCGGUGGCUGGGGACUGGACAUCCACCACCACUACAACUUCCACGAGGGAAUCCUGCAGAAGGGCGACGGCAGCACGCUGCACAUGAAGGAGUAUCCACGCACAGUUAAGGUGGUGAUGGGAACUGGUCUCCAGAGACCGCUCACCUGUCCGGACUACUGCAAUGGUGUCGCCAAGGAUGCCAAGCUGCUCACUCCCAUCGCUCUGGCCACCGGACCCGAUGGCAGUCUCUACGUUGGCGACUUCAAUCUGGUGCGUCGCAUCACGCCCGACGGCAAGGUGUUCACCAUUCUCCAGCUGAGUGCCACGCAGGUUUCCUACCAAUAUUACCUCGCUGUCUCGCCGGCCGACGGACACCUGUACAUCUCCGAUCCGGAGAGGCAUCAGAUCCUGAGGCUCCUGCGACUGGAGAAGGUCAAGGAUCCGAGCAUCAACAGCGAUCCCGUGGUGGGCAGUGGUCAGCGAUGCAUUCCCGGCGACGAGGGCAACUGUGGCGAUGGAGGACCCGCCCUGUUGGCCCGACUUUCGCAUCCCAAGGGACUGGCAAUCGCCGCAGAUCGCACCAUGUACAUUGCAGAUGGCACCAACAUCCGGGCCGUGGAUCCCAAGGGAGUGAUCCACACUCUGAUCGGUCACCAUGGACACCACAACCACUGGAGUCCGGCACCCUGCAGCGGCACUUUGAUGGCCAACCAGGCGCAGUUGCAAUGGCCCACCGGCUUGGCUUUGAGUCCCCUCGAUGGCUCACUGCAUUUCAUUGACGAUCGCCUGGUGCUGCGACUCACCUCGGACAUGAAGAUCCGAGUGGUGGCCGGCACUCCGUUGCACUGCAGCAACGGAGGACAGGAUGGCAGGGUCAACAAGACGGGAACGGACAAUGUUCUGGGCACGGUUUUGGCCAUGGCCUUCUCGCCAUUUGGAAAUCUCUACAUUGCGGACAGCGAUUCGAGAAGGGUGAACUCCAUUCGAGUGGUGGACACGGCAGGAAAUAUGCGAUACUUUGCUGGAAAACAGGAAGGCACGGGAUCCCAGACGUGCGACUGUGCGAUUGGGGGCGGUGGCAACGGCAGUGCCGCCUCCGCGGGAGCGGGCGGGGCCAGUGGUGGCGCCUACUCGACGACCGUUAACCCCACGCGGACCCAUGGCGGCACCACGCCCACCACCCCGUCGGGCGGAAACGGAAGCGGAAAUGGCAACGGCAACGGCUCGUCGGCGACCUCGAACGGUGGUUCCAAUGGCGGAGGUGGUGCAAGUGGCGGUGGCAGCGGCGGUGGGGCGAACGGCGGCGGCGGCGGUGGUGCCUGCAUCUGCGCCGGCGGCAUCUCACUCUCGGCCGGAUCCGGAUCGAAUUCCGGCUCCGGAACCGGCGGCGGCACCCUGGCCAGCAUCGUCGGCAACGGCGGCCUGAUGACCACCGGACCCACCACCACCACCACCGUCCUGCUGGGCGCCAAGACCACCGCCUCGGGCAUCGGCGGUGGGGCGGCCACCUUGAACGACGACGGCACGCUCAGCAACGCCGAGACGCUCCUCUCCUCGAACGCCCGCUUCCAGGCCAUCUCCGCCAUCGCGGUGGCCCAGGACGGAGUCAUCAACGUCGCCGAUCAAGGAUCUCUGCAUGUCUUGGCUCUGGAGCACUAUUUACCAUCGCACGACGAGAACGGCGAGUUCCACAUCCCCUUCCCGCCGUCGAGCGAGAUAUACGUGUUCAACCGGUACGGACAGCACGUGGCCACCAAGGACCUGACCUCCGGCAAGACUCGCUACAGCUUCCUCUACUCGAAGAACACCAGCUUCGGAAGACUCUCCACGGUUACGGAUGCCUCGGGCAACAAGAUCCAGUUCCUUCGCGACUACAGCAACGUCGUGAGCUCGAUUGAGAACACGCAGGACCACAAGUCGGAGAUCCAGAUCAACGGAAUCGGAAUCAUGACCAAGCUGAGCGAGAAGGGUCGCCAGGAGAUCGAAUUGGAUUACGACAGCAACACGGGACUUCUGAACUCGCGGUCCUCGGGAGGAGAGACCUACAUCUACCAGUACGAUGAGUUUGGUCGCGUGACCGGCAUGAUCCUCCCAAGCGGCGAGAUCGUGAGGAUCACCUCGCAGUUGGCAGACAGCCAGGGACUAACCGUUUAUGUCCACGCCUCCGUGGAAUCCCUGUUCUCGAGGGAACGCAUUGCUGGAGAGGCGAAUGAACUGCUGGUUUUGGGAGGAGUGCGAUCCACUUUCCUGAAGCGCGGACAAGCUCACGCGGACGCGGAACUCAAGGCGAACAAUACUCUGGUGAUCCACGGGGAUAACGGCGUGGUGGUGGAGGCAUCCGCAGUGGCCAGGCAUCCUCUCCUGGAAGCAGCCCUCCCAGUCGAAGCGGAAAUGCUGGCCAUGUGGUCGCACCAGAGUGUCACGAUGGGCGAGGGACUCACCAAUUCGAUGUACUCCGUCUACAGUUUGGUGGGCGAUGUGCGGAAUCCCCAGCAGACGCUCAAUCGCGAGAUCUGGGUGAACCAGUCGCGGGUGAUUGGCGUGGAGUUCGAUCAGUUCACCAACCGCGAAACCUUCUACGAUGCAAGGCGAACUCCCAUCUUGAUUGUGGCCUACGACCAGUCGGGUCUGCCCAAGUCGUACUACCCCACCAAUGGAUAUCCGGUGAACAUCACCUACGAUCGAUUCAACAGAGUCGAGGGAUGGGCUUGGGGUCCCGCUGAACUCAAGUACAGCUACGAUCGACAUGGAUUGCUCUCAGAGAUCACCUCGCAGCAGGACGGCAUUGUUUCCUUUGUUUACAAUGAUUGGAAUUUGGUAUCCGAGAUUGGUUUGGCCAGCCAGCGAAAGUUCGUGCUGCAGUACGACGAUGCUGGGGGUUUGAGGCAUGUUGUCUUGCCCUCGGGAACCCGCCACAGCUUCAGCAUGCAGACCUCCAUUGGCUUCAUCAGGUGUACCUACACUCCGCCGGGAAGCACAAGAGCCUACCUGCAGCACUACAGUCACGCGGGAGCCCUCCUGCAAACGAUUCUCCCUGGAGAUGGAGCUCGAAUCGUUUAUCGGUACAAUGCCGCUGGUCAGCUAACUGAAGUGGUGCAUGGCGAUGGAAGGAGCGAGUUCCAGUACAACGAGGCCACCGGCAUGCCGAGCACUGUUUCGCACACCGAAAGGGAACUCGAGUACCGAUGGGACUUUGAAUACGCCGCUGGCUUGCUGGCCGAGGAGAGGAUCGACUACGUGGCCAAGACGGGAUUGAGCAACGCCAAGUUCAGCUACGAAUACGACUCCCAACUGAGGGUGGUGGCUCUGCAGGGAAGGAUUGGCGGACAGAGUCUGCCCUCGCAGGCCUUCGCCUACGAUCCGCGAACGGGCAAGCCGAGUUUGAUUGGCCAGUUCCGCUUCUCGCAGCCCGCCCAGAAUCAAACGCAACUGCAUGAUGGAACCGCCAGCUUCACGAGAACCGUGGAUGGUCGCUUCCAGACGCAGCGAAUGGCGCUGGCCAUCCACCGACUGGAGGUGUUCCGCAUGGAGUUCUCCUACGGAGUGCACGGCAGGAUCUCCCAGACGCGCACCUACACGCGGAACAUGGCGGUGAACAGCUACACGAAUGUGAAGAACUACACGUGGGACUGCGACGGGCAGCUGGUGGGCGUGGAGGCCCAGGAGCCAUGGGGCUUCCGCUACGACGACAAUGGGAAUCUGCUAUCGCUCACGUACAGGGGCAACACCAUUCCCAUGGAGUACAAUGCGCAGGACAGGAUCGUGAAGUUCGGCGAGGGGCAGUACAAGUACGACGCUCGGGGCCUGGUGGCCCAGAAUGCGAGGGAGGAGCGCUUCCACUACAACACGCAGGGUCUUCUGGUGAGGGCAUCGAAGAGGGGUCGCUUCGAUGUGAGGUAUUACUACGAUCACCUCAAGAGGCUGACCACCAGGAAGGACAACUUCGGCAAUGUGACCCAGUUCUUCUACACGAAUCAGCAGAGGCCCUAUGAAGUCAGCCAGAUCUACUCGCCUCGAGAUGGCAAACUGAUGUCGCUCACCUACGAUGAUGUGGGUCAUUUGAUCUACGCGCAGGUUUAUCGGCACAAGUACUACGUGGCCACGGAUCAGAGUGGCACUCCCCUGAUGCUCUUCAACCAAUACGGGGAGGGCAUCCGCGAGAUUAUGCGUUCUCCGUUCGGUCAUAUUGUGUACGACUCCAACCCUUAUCUGUAUCUCCCCAUUGACUUUUGCGGCGGCAUCCUGGAUCAGGUCACCACUCUGGUGCACAUGGGCGAUGGAAGGGUCUACGACCCGCUGAUUGGCCAGUGGAUGUCGCCGGACUGGCAGCGCGUCGCCGAGCGGAUUAUCACGCCCACGAGACUCCAUUUGUACCGCUUCAAUGGCAACGAUCCCAUCAACGUGGGUCACGAGCGCCACUAUCCGGAGGACUUUGCCGCCUGGAUGAAGACCCUCGGCUACAAUGUGGGCAACCUGGUGCCGCAGCUCUCGCGGGAUCUCUGGCAACCGCCGGCGCUGUGGGGCAGGCCGCCCUCCAAUCCGGUGGCUCUGAACCUGCGACGACCCUUCGACAACAUUCCCACCAUGGCGGUGGAGAGUGGCUUCCUCGCCCAUCUCAAUGUGCGCAGGAUGUCGGACUUCGAGCAACUAUCUGCGCCUCCACGAUCCGCACUCAAGUGCGAUGUGAUGGAUCCCUCGCCGAAGACCAUUGGCUCGGAUACGGAACCGCCAUUUGGCAAGGGCAUCGUGGUGUCCCGCACCGCCGACGGCCAGGCAAUCGUGUCCAGUGUUCCCGCUGCCAAUGCCAUCUACCGCGAUGUCUACACGAGCGUGUUCAACCGCUCCAAGCUGCUGCCCUUCACGUUCGUGGUGCACAACGCCCAGCAGGAUUCGUUCUUCUUCGUCAAGGAGGACGCCUGGCGGGCUACCGAGGAUCGCCAGCAGCUGAAGCGACUGCAGGGUCAGGUGAACACCACCUUCCACGAGAUCACAAGGGAAGCUGCAGUGGGUGGUUCGGCGGGCUCGAGUUCCGCCUCCUCCUCCUCCUCCUCGAGCGGCUCCUCGUCUGCGUCGGCGAACACGGGCAACUACCUGGACGUGAAGAUCCACGGAGCGCACGCGAUCAUCAACCUGCGGUACGGCACCACCGUGGCCAAGGAGCAGCAGCGGCUGAUGCACCACGCCAAGCUGACGGCGGUGCGGAAGGCGUGGCACCGCGAAAAGGAGGCACUCCGCAGCGGGCUGACCACCGCGCUCGAGUGGAGCCAGCAGGAGACGGAGGAGAUCCUCAAGCAGAGCUACGCCAACAACUACGAGGGUGAGUACAUCCACGACGUGAGCCUCUAUCCCGAGCUGGCGGAGGACCCGUACAACAUUAAGUUCGUGAAGAAGAAGGGCGCCACCGGCGGUGCGGCGGGGGUUCCCAACUCCCGGCGACGUCGGCGCCGCUCCACCGAUCCCCUGGAGAUCGCAAUCGACAGCGAGAGGGAGCAGGACGAGGUCGAAUGUUAGCUCAACACCACCACCACGAGGGACCCAAAGGAACCGGAGCAGGAGGAACCGCUGGAGGAGCGCAAGGAGUGCCGCUAAACCGAAGAACAGGAGACAUAAUUAUUUAUAUUUAUACAUAUAUAUAUACAGAUAUAUAUAUAUAUAUAGUAUACGUAAAUCUAUGUUAUCGAACCAGUUUUUUGAUGUCAAGGAACAUUAUAUAUAUAUAUAUAUACACGUAUACAUAACAUAUUUUUUUUUAUUGUUAGCCACUAGUGAAAAGUAAUGAAAAGUAAUCGAAGUUAAGCGAGCGACAUGCCAACAUAAUCCCAUGUAGCUGCAUGUGCGUUUAAAUGUGUGUGUGUGUGACGUCAGCUACAGAUACAGAUACAGCCACGGAUAUAGACGCAGUUAUAGAUAUACAGAUAUAUAUAUAUAUAUAGAGGGAGAGAGAGGAGGAGAGGAUAGUGUAGUAGUCAUACGAGCGUAAAGCGAACCAUACAUACAAGACAUGUGUACAUGCAUACUCACCACAAUAAGGGGCAAGGAUAUUUAGCUGGGGCGGGGUAAUUCACACUUUUCGAGGGGGCGGAGCAGGGGAGGGGUGUAUCUUUUUUUCGUGGUACUCGAGCUUUUUGAGACUGGCAUAGUUUUAAACAAAACAAACGAGAAACGGCGACUGACCGACGGACAAGAAGAGCUGAUCCCGCGGAUCAAACUUUCCACUGAUUUCCCAGCCAUCCAAUGUACAUAAGCGGGAAGGAGGAGAGUGGUGGGUGGUGGUGGUGGCGGAGUAGUAGGAAAAGCGAAAAAGGAAAUGGAUAUCGAGGGACAGCCCAGACCAAAACACACACACACACACACACACACACACACCGACGGACUAACUACACUUGGCAACCAGAUUUCGGGUUGUGGGAGAUUUUUGCUUAGCGAAAGCUUUCUCUCAUUUGCUUUGCACAGUGUCAGCUUGGAAAAUUCAAAGAAAAACAAAAUGAACAAACGUAAUUAUAGAGAUCGAACAACAAAAUUUAGCUGCUAGGCGAAAUGUUUUUUUUUUAAUACAAUAUAAAUGGAUAUACAUUAAAUAUAGGAGAACACACACACACACACAUAUUUAUAGAGAGAAACCUAUAGCUGUAAUGUCCUGAUAGAUAAGUUUAAGUUUUGUCCUACUUAAUUAAUUAAUUUAUUCAUUAUUAUUGUUCAUAUGGCCGAGGCAAGGGCAACACAUCCACAAUCCAAAAAAAGAGAAGAAAACGAGGAAACAAAAAAAUUAACAUUCGUAUUAAAUCGAACUAAUUUUAAUGAUAAAUAUUAAUGCUAUUAUCGUGUGGAAUGUGAAAUGUUUUGUUAUUAUUUGUAAGUCUGCUUUUCUCGAACUCAGCUCAAUGCGGCCCAAAUAAACUCACAACCAUAAAACGAAUCGAACUAAAUAAAGCUUAAAACAGUAUUAAAAAAAAAAAAAAACAAACAAACACAAACACUAAAUAGAUAUAUAUGAUUUCAGCUUGGAACCUUGAUCGAGAUCGUUGAGCUUUCCGUCCAAUUUGAUUGAGAUUGAGAGGGAUCCAGAAUAAUAAUUAGAUGCCAAUUAAAGUAGAAUUCGAUCGGACUAUUUUUGCCCAUUUUGCUUCGCUUGAGAGUCCCCAACUUUUUGCAGCUCGAAUUUCACUUGUUUUCCAUGAAUUGGUGCUUAUCGAAUUUAUUGCCACAACUAUAUGUGUAGCUAUAGUUGAAUAAUCGCGUGUGUUGAACGUUUCCUUGCCUCCUAGAACAUAAGCGAAGAAUUGCUAAUAAAACCCGUAGAAAAGGAAAACAAAAGAUUGCUGAAUUAGUUGCGAACGAGCAAGAAAACGAAAUUUUAUAAAAAUUACCAACUCGAACCAUGACCACAAACGAGGCCAAAACGAUCGAUCAGUUGGGCUAGAAGCGACCAGGAGGAGCCAGCCAAGUAGAACGCAGCUUAGAGCAGAAUGAGUGUCCGUGUGAGUGUCCGUAUAAGGGAGCAGGUGAUGUCCGCCCAAGAGGGACUGUGAUCCAUACGGACAACGGUCCGCUCAAGGGAGCGAGUGUCCGUUUGGGGAAGCAAGUGUACGGACACCUGUCCGGUCAAAAGAGAAAGUAGUGUCCGUACAAGAGAGCGAGUGUCCGCGUGCGUGCGAUAGCGUUAUAUCAAAAUAUAAGAAAGGGAGGUCGGAGUCUCCCGAUAAUUGCCGGAGUAUCUGUGUAUAUAUAUUAAGGCUAAUCAAGGUAAACUAGUGUUAUAUCGUAUAUGGCACCGUGCAUCGUAAUCUCUAGUUAUAUAUAUAUAUACAUAUAAAUACAAAUAUAGAGGCCCACACGCAAGAGUGUGCGCAAUUUUUUUUGCUUUUUUUUUCUCCAUCGUUGUCGCGCCUAACUAGAUGUAAAAUAAACGAGACAAACUAUCGGAUAAACGGCAUAUAUAUGUAAUAUGUAUAGGAGUCUAUGUGUUAGAUGUACGUGUGCGGGGUACCACUGUACUUUCCGCUCGAACUUCUCCCAUCUGGUUUUCGAUUCGUUUCCAUUUCCGUUUCGUUGAUUGGCAAACCAAAACAAUUCGAAAAAGAGCAGGAGUCAGUUACCUAUUAGAAUUUGGCAAGCAUAAAAAGCAAACAAGCAACAAAAUGAAAAAUAAAAAAAAAACGAUAUGAAAUUGCUUCAAAAGCAAACAAAAAAAGAUAAACAAAUGGCACACUAAAAUUAAUAUUAUGGAUUAGAGAGAACUAUGAAAUGGCUUGAGAACGGCGAAACCGAAAUAAAA